AUGGCGCAUCCAGGAACGUCUCCAGACGUAGGAACUCCUCAACAUAUUAAAUCACUGAACAAGCUAUACCAGUCGUUCUCCGUGUACACGAACACACGAAGACUGCUGACGUUCGCGCCUGUGCCGGGAGCCAUCGAGUGUCUGGACGGGGUGCGCGCGUUCGCUAUGAUAUGGGUCAUCAUCGGACACACCUUCGUCAACCAGAUCUCCGGGCUGCACAUGGCUAACCCCAUCGAUUCUUUGAAUGUGUCUCUGUUCAGCCGCGUGACUGGGAAGAGGUCGCUCGGCAUACGCACAAUUGUCACGUGUAUUGGUGGAACACCCUGCUAUAUUUCCAUAACUUCCACAACCCUAGCAGUAUGUGCCUCCCUCACUCGUGGUACUUGGCUAUAGACUUCCACAUGUUCCUCCUCUCCCCCCUGAUUCUGUUCUGGGUGGUCAGCGGCAGAAAGCGGGCCGCAUGGGUGGCCAUCCUCACCGGGCUCUUGGC